AUGGACAAACUUGUUAAAGUGAUCAAGACAAAACAAAGUCAAGCUAUAAUUCUAUUCAAGUUCUUAUAUAGCAGACGAGCACCUAAAUCAAAAAAAGAUAGAGAUGAGGUUAAAUUAUAUAGAAAUUCUAUGCGAAUUCUAAAUAACCUAUUACAAAAUAUAUCUAAAGACAUA